CAGCAGCAGCAGCAGCAGCAGCAGCAGCAGCAGCAGCAGCAACAACAACAGCAGCAAUACGAACAGAGCCGACAGGCAAACGACAGUGGCUCCACAGCGGACAAGACAAUGGAUUUCCGCCGGGGUCACUUCAAGCGUGACUCCUCGCUGUCCACCACCUCGUCGUCGUCGGAGGAGAGCCUGUCCAAGGGCCUGCAGUUUCCCGAUCACACCAGCGUCGAUGCUGGCGGCCCCUCGCUGCGCCAGCUGACCGCCCCGCCCACUGGCGCUGAUGCUGCGAGCAGUAGCACGCUAUUGACGUUGGCUGUCAAAACGCAGGCGCAGGCGCUGCUGCCUAGCCUCGUCUCCAACCUGGUGCAGUGGGGUGCCAGCGAGCUGGAUAGCACCGCCAAGCGGCGCCAGGUGACGGCCCUGGACUCGUCCGAUGAGAGCGACUUUGAGAUACUCGAAACGGACGAUUUUAAGUAAACUGCUGUACGCAGCGCGGCGUAUAGUAUUACCAACUAA